GCAGGGGGAGGGGGUGGGGAGGUGUGUGUGUGUGGUGUGUGUGUCUGAGGGCAAAGUUAUGUCAUGGAAGCUAUUUGGAUUUAUCAGUUCCGUCUGAUCGUGAUCGGGGACUCGACGGUGGGCAAGUCCUGCCUCCUCCGCAGGUUCACCGACGGCAGGUUCACCGACGUCUCGGACCCCACCGUCGGCGUGGACUUCUUCGCCCGGUUGGUGGAGAUCGAGCCGGGGAAAAGGAUCAAACUGCAGCUGUGGGACACGGCGGGGCAGGAGAGAUUCAGGUCCAUAACCCGUUCCUACUACCGCAAUUCUGUUGGUGGGCUUCUUGUGUUCGAUAUCACAAAUCGCAGGUCGUUUGAACACGUGCGCCACUGGUUGGAAGAAGCAAAAAUGCAUGUCCAGCCAUUCCAGAUCAUUUUUUUGCUUGUUGGACACAAAUCUGACCUGGCAUCCCAGCGAAAAGUCUCCAGGGAGGAAGCGGAGAAACUUGCAGCAGUGUCUGGAAUGAAAUACAUAGAGACGUCGGCGAAGGAUGCUACCAAUGUGGAGGAGUCCUUCACCAUUCUUACCCGAGAGAUAUACGGGCUGCUGAAAAAGGGCGACAUAGGGAUCCAGGAAGGAUGGGAGGGGGUGAAGAGUGGUUUUGUUCCAAACGUCGUUCAUUCUUCUGAAGAAGCGGUGAAACCUGGACGAAAGUGCCUUUGCUAAUCACUAGGGCGGUGAACCCGGUGCUCCAAAGAAUUGCUUCAUGUACUUUUUUCUGCAAGCUUACCUGAAAUCAGCCAACAAAUCUACUCUCAUUUAUUGUAGAUUUAGCAUAGAUUUGGUUAGAAUGCAUUUCAUGGAAACUUAAGUAAGUGCCACUAUAUAGCUACAGUGCUUCUUGAACAUCAAGUGUAUACAUUUAUUUAUCAGUAGCUGCAGACUCUUAAGAGUGCGUUUUUUGCACAGUACAAUCAAGUUUUAUUUUUGGAAAUUGUUGCCUUACUGUAAGACUAGACUGUAUAUUGGCAAAAGGAGAUAGAAGUGAAAGUAAACAGUUAACAGAUAUAUUUGAUAUGAGACCAUUUACCCAAAGCAAUGUUUUAAAUAUUUAGUGAAGGUGGGGGGGGUUUCUACAUAUUUAAAAAAAAAGUACAAGAAAAUAUUUUGGGGAUCUUAGAAGUAGGAAUUCAUGACUGAAUUUUCUUUUAGAGAGAGUUUCCCCCCCCCCCCCCCCAUUUUUAGCUAUAAAAUUCCUUGGUUUCUUGCCUUUGAUUAAACUAUGAAUUGUGAAUGUAUUUCAAGGUUCAAAUUUUAACCCUGUUGCUAUUUUAUUCUUUUCAAGUGGUGACAGCUACUAAAUGCUGCACUUGAAAUUAUUGAAGGAGAAAGAUUUAAAAAAUUCAAAGCCCUGCAAAGACUGAGAAGGUUGUUUGAGCUAAGAGAAAAUAACAAAGUUUUAAGAAGUUGCACUGCCACAAAGUGCCGGUUCUGCCAGUGUCUGUGCUCCUGAAAUAAUAAACUGAACUAACUCCCUGAGCCUUUGUGGUCUAAGCAAGGUAGUAAGAACCAGACGUUUGGCUAAUAUUGCACAGAGAAUAUUUCCUGAAGCAUCUCACUUUAGCUUGUGCAACACCAACAGUGACAUCAGCAUUUCUUUUCUGAGCCAAUAUUUUUGCAGUUUGGCUGGUGGAAGAAUAACGAAUAGCAAAGGUGAGGCUGUGGCAUUUUAAUGUUUGACUUGUGGCUUUAAAUGCUACAGGUUAUUCAAGCUGCUUUUUUUCACAAGAGGGGAGAGUUGUGGCUAUUGAAUUUGAGCCUUCCUAUAUUUGCACUUGUGGGGGGGAAGGGGGCUGGGAGGGGAGAUCAGAACAGAGGAGAACAGAGAAAAGACCAUGAGUAAUCUGUGAUGAAAAGGGCAAAUGAGGCAUUGCCAUGACUGACCAGAAAGAUCUUGAGGGCCCAGGUGGCUUUCAGAUCCAUUUGCUCAUGUAAAUGCACUUUCUGUUGCUGGUUACUGUGCAACAUAAAUUAUAGCCGCCAUUUAAUAUAGCCCUGCGUUAUUCAACUUGCAUGCAAUAUGCUGAACUGGUUGUAAAUCUUAAGCACACCAGUCUGCUCUUCAAUUCUGAUGUGAAAUGUUAACCUGCAAAUAAGUAGCAGAUUGUCUUUUUUUAAUCCAAUUGCUAGCUUGAUCAAUUCUCGUUUGAUUCUGAAACCAACUGGAAGGAUUGUGUGGUAUACACAAUAACAUAUUGUUUAGGUUGCCUGUAUUUAAAGGGUCAGGAGGAGAAUAUUUAAGAUGCAGAUUGAAAGGUGAAGGUUACUUAUGUGGGUAAUCAUCUCAUAACUUCUAUCUGUUCCAAUGCACGUAAUCCUUGUACUUCUUGGGCAGGUUAAAGUGUAAAUCACCAAUCUUAUUUUGUACAUUGCUGGUAUUAAAAUCUAAAAUCUUUUAAAGUUG